UCGUAGUGACGCGACUUCCGAGUCGAACAUUUUCGUCUCUGCGUUGUAGCGUUUUUAUGUGUAGUUGGCUGGUUACUUUAUAGAAAUUAAACAGUAACUGUCAGUAUUGUUGGACUGAAAUGGAUAUACUCAAAGCUGAGAUCGCAAGGAAACGAAAAAUUGUCGAAGAGAAAGGACUUGUCGCUGAUUCAAAAAAAUUCUUCAAAAGAGCUGAACUUGCACGCAAGGAAGAAGAGGAUUAUUACAAGAGAUGCGGAUACAAGGUUCAGAGAGAGACUCCUGAGAGCCAGACUGAUAAGAAGGAGGAGGAUGAGCCAUCGACUUCAACCAAUCCAGUGUUAGAACUGGAGCUAACAGAGGAGAAGUUGCCGAUGACACUGUCACGACAGGAGGUUAUCCGUCGUCUUCGAGAACGAGGGGAACCAAUCCGACUGUUUGGAGAGUCAGACUAUGAUGCCUUCCAGAGACUCAGGAAGAUUGAGAUUCUGGCCCCAGAAGUAAACAAGGGCUUGAGGAAUGACCUGAAGGCAGCCAUGGACAAAAUUGAUCAGCAGUACCUGAAUGAGAUCGUUGGAGGAACAGAGUCCGGAGAAAUGGACACACAGCACGACCUGAAAGUGCAUGAGGAGAACACAACGAUAGAGGAACUAGAGGCUCUCGGCAAAACCCUGGGCACAGGAGAUGAUAACAGAGACCAGGAUGUUAUUGACAAAGUUUUGAGGUUUCUUCUUGGUGUUUGGGCCAAAGAUCUGAACAGCCGAGAGGACCAUGUGAAGCGCAGCGUCCAGGGCAAGCUGGCAAGUGCCACCCACUCACAGACUGAGUCUUACCUGAAGCCUCUUUUCAGGAAGCUGAGGAAGAAGAGUUUACCAGCUGACAUCAAAGAGUCGAUCACUGACAUCAUCAAAUUCAUGUUGGAGAGAGAAUAUGUCAAGGCAAAUGAUGCAUAUCUACAGAUGGCCAUUGGUAAUGCUCCCUGGCCUAUUGGUGUGACCAUGGUGGGUAUCCACGCCCGUACAGGACGAGAGAAGAUCUUUUCCAAACAUGUGGCCCACGUCCUCAACGAUGAGACACAAAGAAAAUACAUCCAGGGGCUGAAGAGGCUAAUGACCAUCUGCCAGAAACACUUCUCAACUGAUCCCUCAAAGUGUGUGGAGUACAAUGCUCUAUAAGUUGAAGUAAUGUCAGUACACAUGUAUAAAUCAUUUGCCAUAGUUAUUCUUGUCUUUUCAGUGCAACUCCUGUCCUAUAGUGGUUAAACCCAUUGUGUCACAAUACAGGAUAAGUCCAAUUUGGGAAUGUUCCCACCAGUCCAGUUAUUUUGUUCUGGCAAGAUCAGAUGCUAAAGGGCAAGUGUGGCUGUGGCAUGUAUUUCUCAAAACAUUUUCGACCAAGGACCAAGGCUGGACUUUCCCUGCUGAGUAAAUGCCUAAUUUGGUUGGAAAUAGAAUUGUGGGGGAGUGAAAUCUAUUGUAUAGUCAGAGUACCAAACUCCUGAGUUUAAUGGUAAUAACAUUUUUAUAUUGGCUAGAGAGCUUCCUCAAAGACACCUGGACCCACCUUUGACAAACACAUGGGAAACUGACAGAUGUGUGUAUGCACAAAGUGGAUGGAUGCCUUCCUACACCCAUUAAUUUGAGUGAAUCCAGUUAUCCACUUUGGUCAUAUGUGCAUUUGUGGGUGCUGAUUAGGACUGAAUUCUUAUUUACUGCUCUUUUUCUAGGCUGUAAAAGGAGCACUUCUCUGUGAUAGUGACAAGCAUUGUAAAUAACCCUUUGAAAGUUCACUUUUCAUUAUGUCUAAAGCAAGAUGUUGCCUAGGAAGGUCAAACGGUGUAAGUUGUAUUACAUCUAAGACAUUUUUAUUUAAAUGAACAUGUUCAAAUUCAUACAGGGGUUUGAUUCGAAAUGCAUAUUUUUUCAGGUGACAGCAGCUAAAACCAAUAAAAAGUACAGCUGACUUAUAUCAGUGCAUAUUAUUGGAAUAAAAAGUACUGUUUUAAAAUA